AGCGACGUCAACUUUUGGCCACUCAGAGGGAAUCAAAGCGCAGAUCCAACUCUCAUAUAUAUUUUGGAGAGUCCCUCUACCUUCAACCAUUCCACAAGUACAUGUCUACAUGUGCCAUGUCGACAUCGUGGACUCCGCCUGAGGACCCGGACCGUCCAAACUGCCCUUACAGUGUCGGCUUCAGGACAGUGAUCCAGUUCCAUCGCGCACCACUCCCAUUUGGAGGUCCCAGAUAUGGUCGCAAACUGCGGCCAUAUGUGUACGACAAUUGGCUCGAGAGUGUGACCCAGAGUGAGCAUGUUCUGGCCUACCCGCCAUUGGAGACAGCUCCGCCUUCCCAGCAUGCCACUGCCGAGCUUGUCGUCAGUAAGACCAUAGCCAUCGGCAAUGCUCGGGGUGCGCAGUUAGUCUCAUUCACCGCCAUCGCCAAGAUAUACGAUGCUCUUUACUAUCCAUUUUCCAGCAACAUCGUCAGCCGCCCCGUUGAUGUUGUUCGAAAUGCAGAUGUGGACUAUAGCCGGGAAGCUGCGUCCUACGAACUUUGCACCCAAUACUUUGGAUCGUGGACCUUCCAGCUGCCCAUCACCAGUGCGGGAAAAGCCCAUCAGAGACCGGUACGCCUGGUUCUGAUAGAAUACAUUGACGGGUCGCCAAUAAGCGACCUAUUCGUACGCAACAUGUCCGGCCCACGUGCCGAUCCUCACCUCGACGCUUUGCAUUUUGACCAAGAAUUUCGCCUAAAAGUCAUUGCUCGAAUCAUGGAGGGUAUUGUGCGUCAGAGACAGGUGGGACUGGAUCAAAACGACCUGGCGCCUCGCAAUGUGAUCCUGUCACCAACGCCGCAGCCACCAGGCACCCAUAGUUCGACUCGAAUCACUCUCAUCGACUACAACGUCGCCCACGUGGACAAAUGGACUAAGGAUGGGCCACAAGACAUGCCUUUGCCUCCUAACCCUUUGGAAUGGUUCUGGGACAACAAUCUUUCCGCCUUCAUUGGCUGGACACCGCUCGAAUGGUACAUUGACCCCAAAACACCUCAAAAAUGGCUGUUACAUCGGUUCGGUGGUGAGAUAUCGUCCCUCUACAGACCUAUUGAGGAGGAUUUGGAGUUCAGUAAGACAGAGGAGGAAUGGCUUGCAGAGAACCCCAGUGAGUUCGACUAAGAACAAGGAUUGGAAGAAGUGUAAGGCAACUAGUUGG